AGGACAGGCACUAGUGUCCCGUUUCUUGAUAGAAACAUAGGCACCGCUCCCCGAGCCCUUUCUGGCGCGCGGAAGUUUUAGUCUCGUCCUGAAUCGUAGGCGUUGGCAUGUUAUUUAACUACCCUAUCGCGGACCAUUGAACGCAAGUGCGUCGUGUGUUUCUACAAUAAGAAAAUACAACAGAAAAAGACAACCGGCUCAGCAGCCAAAAAGAAACAAAUGGCAUCUCACGUCACGCCCUCCCCCCGCACGCCGAUUCGCACGGCGGGGGAGACGAUGUCAUUGCGGACCAUCGACGCGCGGGAGGACUACGGGUUGAAGUUCCACACGAAGACACGACAAGAGUCCGAUAACCUGCGCACCGACGACGUUCAGGGCGCGAGGCCUAAGAUCAAGUUCUACCAAACCGCAGCGACGCGGGCACCCUGGGACCCGAAGGAGCUGCAGCCGACGAAACAUGACCUGACGAGAAACCGGCCGCCGGCGUCUUCGCUGUACACAAAGGACGUAGAAUUUGCGCAGCCGAAAAAGGACCCACUGUGGAGACGAUACGAUUUAACGAGGGGACGUAUUGUCUUUGUUUUUUGCUUGUGAUUGUGCUAAAUUAUUAUUUGUGAUGCUCAUCCUCACUCGGAAAUGAGUUUUAGAUCGAGUAACACGACAUCUAUGUUUUUUUCUAUCGCAUUUCAACACUACUGCAAACCCACCACAUAAACAGCCCCCUUGAACCCUCUGAACCCGCAGUACAAGCUUGCGACUUCCCACGAACCGGCGCCGGAGGUACCCCCAUACCGGCAGUCGACGAAGCCAGAUGGGAAACUGGACGAGAAAAAGAAGAUCGAAAUUCUCCGCCAGGUGCCACAGGAGUUACUGUCCAUUCCGUACGCGACUCCGAACUACUUCCGCAGGGUGCACAAACCCAUCACGGAGGAAACGGUCCAGGAUCACUUGAAGCAAACACAAGCAGUUAUCCCCGGUAGUACACCCAGGAAAACACCGCGGUCGAACCGAAACCCCUUGACGCCAAAAUACACGAUGGGCGGGCCGGACCCGGAGAUCUUGGAGCAAUACGUCCGGGGAGGGAUUCCGGUUUUUGAGUCGAGCAGUCGGAAGCAGAUGGGGGAGAGUGAUUUGAAUCCGGACGGAAAUCUAACGUCUCACUGCAACGUGAACAUCGGGAAUUUACACAACGGUUGUGAUAGACCAACGGAUCAUCCUCAUGCGGGACCUGGUUCCACUAUUUCCGCAAAUAUUAACAGCAGUUCAGUGACGCCGAGAAGUUCGGCGCAACUCUCCCCGGGCGGUAGAACUCCGCAGUACGUGAAAUCGUUCAGCAAACCGGCCAGUAGUUGUGUUUUGUCAGGUAUGAACUACGAGGACAACCCGCUCGUCGCGGAAACCGUCUGGCGUCAGAACAAAACCGGCAAGUGGAGCGAGUACGAAAGGAGUGUUUCGAUGGGAUCGCAGCAACCGCAUUUAGAAUCGGUGGUGUCACGAGAAGAUUACGAGUCGAGGUUGAAUGAAGGAGUGGAGUCGGGUGCUGAUAUAACUCCUUCCAGGCGCGACCGCGAGCGGCGUUCCGGCAACUCCAACGAGGAGUACUACACCAGCCGCGGCAAGCGGCAAGCGGUUUUGGACACAGAGAACCGGCAGUGGCACGCGGAGGUUUUUUCCAACCACGACCGAUCCCAAGUGAAUGACACGCAGAGCAAUUCGGUGUCGCCACGACGGAGCGCGCGGGUGAGGGCGCUGCAUUUGGACGACUUUGUGGAGGGCGGUGGCGGGAAUACAACUAAUUUUAGUACCAGCAGAACACCAGCGCCAGCAACAAAAAAUCCCGGUAACAACAGUAUGAAUCAAGACAGCAUCAUCGCUUCCAACAGGAAAAAUGACCCGCGUUGUCAGCCGCAAGACCCGCCGGAGAAGUGGACGAGUAGGCGGUUUGAAGAGACGGAUGGCGACGUGUUUCAGCACCUGUUUCUCGAAGAUGAGGAAAGAAGUAGAAUGGAAAAGCAGAAACACAAAGAAUACAUCGAAAAGGGUCCGGUUUUUGCCCACCAGCAAGUGGAUAACGUUCAUUCGACCAGCUUGCGGAGCAAUUUGUUGUCUAUCGGCCACGAUCCGCAGCCGAUGAAGAAAGACGGAAGAGAUUUAACCGAGUACAACACGAACACAUUGUUGACGGAAAACUCGGACUCCCCCUUCUCUGGUAGGAAUAAGGGAUACGGAUUUGACGCUCUCGGAGCGUAUCACAGCAAACAGCCGCGCACCCACGCGAUUGUAUAUGCCGUGCAAAAGUAUCGUACUCGUAUCAAUGCAUGACAAAUUCCCUCAGCAUGAGAAAUAAAAUUUCUCAUGCGGAUUUACCUUGAGAGAAAAAAUUUGUAAUGCAUGAUAGCAAUUACUACGAGUACGAUGCUUUUGCACAGAAUAUUAUAGGUGGAAAGACGAUCUACGACGAGUUGGAAGGCAGGGCAAAAUUGACCGGGAGAAUUCCGAUAGGCUUAUCGGAGAAUUCCGAUAAGCAGCAUCCUGUAGAUCUACUUCAGCAGCAAGCAACUGCGCCCCCGAGCAGUGUGGGUACUUAUACUAGCAACAGGAAUAUUAACCACGUAGGAGCUGCAACAGAAGGUGGCAGCAUCAAUAACAGCAGCCGGCUGCAAUAUGAGAUAGGCCCGAUCGCGCUGAAUUCACCAAGGAAGCUCUUCUACGAACGCAAGGGCGUGAAUACGGUCGAUAAUUUGCUGACAAAGGACAUUGACGGAGCAAGUCCGCGAGUUCCGAAGAAUGCGCUUUUGGAAAGAUUCAGGACGCACAAGCGGUGGGAGGAUGUUUCUGACAUCAAUCGGCCGGUGCGGUAGAGAUAAUGCACUCACGAUGUUCUUUAGCAUAGGCGUACUCAUUUCCUAAACUUCUUGAAUUCGAGAUUUGUAUAAUGUCACUUGUUUCUGAAAUGUUUUACUUCUGCAAACUUCUACUCCGCGCUAGCAUGCAUGUGCACAGAUUGAAAUUGCUUGUAUCUUUUCAGUUGUGGUUUUCGAAGUUGG